UUAUUGUGUAUAUAUACCGUUGAUAACAAGAGAUUAGACGCUAUCUUUUGACCAAGCCUUGCAGGUAUACACGGAAUCUUUCGACAGUUUUAGCUCAUCAACCAAUCCGAUCAUGGCUGAACAAUCUGAGGUGAUUUCACAAUUCCAGCCUCGUGUUGCUGCCCAGCUUGUGCCGGUUAAACUCACUGAAGACAACUAUUCACUCUGGAAAUCUUUGCUAGUCCCAGUUCUAAAGAAGUAUGACAUGUUCAAUAUGGUUCAAGGAACAGAGCAGCCUUUGACAGAAGACAAAGACCAAAAGUGCAUGAGCUUCAUGAAGCUCACGUUGUCGGAGGCCAUGCUCCCAUACGCUGCAGAAGCAAGCUCAAGUUCCCGAGCUCUAUGGUUAAAGUUGGAACAGCAAGGCGACAUUGCAAAAUCUCGACUGUUCCUGCUCAAGUCUCGCCUCACAAAGCUGAAGAAAGGAAAUUUAAAGCUGGAACUGAAGCCAUAACUACUCCAGAGGAGCUGCAUGACAUACUAGUGGGUGAAGAAUCUAGCCGUAGAGGAGAGAGGUGUCGUAAAGUCAUCAAGUACGGCGCUUUUGUUUUCGUUGGUUACCUCGUUGGAUACGU